AUGAUUCUUCUUCGGAGUCUAACGUUUCUAAUAAUAAUUAGUACUGUAACAAGUAUUGAUGUACUAUUACCUAUAUCAACAUCAACACCUGAUCCAACAUUUUAUCCGAAUAUUGUUCAUCCACGUCAACCACAAAGACUUAAUUUAUCUCAAAAACGAGCAUUACAUACAAAUAAAUUUUACACUAAUCCACUUCUUGGUCCAGGUAGUAAUCCAUAA